UGAAAUGCGUCACAGAUUAUGGGAUUUAUAUAAGAACAAAGAAGGCUUCUGCGGAUCAGUGUGUAUGGUGCAUCAAACUAAGCAGGAUGUUUAAGCUAUUCCUCAUUACUUUGCUUUGUGCAACGCUGGUGUUCGCCAAUUCGCCGGUUCAGGAGUUCCAAGAUGAUCAUGAUAGUAAUUUAGUUCGACGAUCGGCACAAGGAGGAGAAGCAGGAGGACAAGCAGGAUUUGGUUUUGAUUUUGGAGUAAAUGCAGGAGCAGGAGGAAGCGCAGGAGGAGAAGCAGGAGGACAAGCAGGAUUUGGUUUUGGUUUUGGAGGAAAUGCAGGAGCAGGAGGAGGAGCAGAAGGAGAAGCAAGAAGGAGAUAGGAAUGGGAUAGGAAUGAGAUAUCAGAUCACAAGAAUUAUGGUCUAGUGAGGAAAUAUUGAAGCCUAUAUUUGCAAGAUAGAUAACAGUGAUUUAGAUUUCACUCAACACUCAACAUGUCUUAUUAGAAUAUUGGAAAAUUUUGCACGCUUGAAAACCUUGAUGAUUUUAGAAUAAUAAAACUUCGCACUGCAUGAUA